AUGGCGGCUCUGCUAGCGCCAGGCCGCGUGCCAUGCGACGGCACCGCUGGUGUUAUCUGGCUCGCUGUCGGCGUCAUGUCCUCGCCUUCGCACGAUCGGCAGCGGGUGGCGGUGCGUAGCACGUGGGGUCGGUCGCACAUAGCGGCCGUCCUACCGUGCUUCCUGGUCGGCAAGCUGGUCAAGCGUACUCCCCGUGCGCCGUGGGACAAGCGGCACGCGAGGGAAGCGGCCGAGCCGGAUGGCGGGCCCAAGGGCGAGCUCUCUCCAAACCCGGCCGCCCACGCGCUCGCGCUGGAGCACGCGCAGUUUGGGGACGUGCUCGUGCUCGAUGGCUCGGCCGAGAUCCACCAGGGCGGUACGAGUGGCCUCAAGACGCUGACGUGGUGGCGGCACGUCCGGGACAGGCUCCCGAAUGCGCAGUGGGUUGGCAAGUGCGACGACGACACGCUCGUCAACGUGCCUCGGCUGAUGAUGCGCCUGCCACCCGUCGAUCGCGCUGAGCCGCGCUCGCUCUUCGGAACCAUCAAGUGGGGCUGCUACUCGGACAAGAGGCUCAAGUGGGAGUCGUCGUGGCGGGACUGGCGGUGUGGCCGCACGCAGUUCGCGCGCUCACGCGCGCCCGGCGAGCCGGCCAACCUGAGCGCGACGUACGAGGGGCCGUACGAGCUCGCGCUCGGCUGGUUCUUCGCGAUGCCGCGGCGCAUGGCCCUGCUCUUGGCGGACUGCGCGUACGCCAACCGGUUCCACGAGCGCGCGCUCCACGCGACGCGAGAGCCGUUCCUGCGCAAGGAGGACGACCCUCUCAACGGCUUUUGGCUGUACAAGUGCCUGCGAGAGAAGGGCAUGCCACCCGUGCAGCCGCUGCCGUCGAUGAGAGAGCCCGAGGCGCACAACAUGGCCUGCAUCUCCUCGCGAGGCCUCUACCGCCGACCGAGCAACGCGUCCAUCGCAGUGCACUUCCUCAAGACGGUCUCGGCGAUGCGGUACGUGGCUGCGACGCUGCGCGCAAAGAGACAGCCUGCGAUCGCCGUCCCGCCCUCGCGCCGCUGCUGCAGCCGAAUGGUCUGGCCGAGUGAGCGAGCACAGCACCCUCUCGAGGCGUGCGAGCGGCUGCUUUCUGCCGAGGAAAUGGAGGCGGAGAGAGCUAUCGACGCUGCGGCAGAGCGCAACCGUCUCGGUCGGACACCCAGGGGACACGAAGCAUGA